AUGUCAGCACCAGGCGUCGGUUUUGAAUAUCCAGAGGUGGAAGUCAGCUGGUUGAAGCGAGAUCUUCUGCUAUUCGCAAAUAGCAUCGGAUGUAAAGCUGAUGAACUUCAUUUCCUUUAUGAACUUCACCCAAACUUCGCCGCUUUCCCAACAUAUCCCAUCAUCCUUCCCUUCAAACACACCGACAAGGACGUCAUUGAUUUCUACGCCCGAUCAAAUGCAAUCCCCAUCCCCGGUAUCCCAAAACUAGACUCUAAGCGUGUAGUCGACGGUGAAAGAAAAAUAGAGUUCCGUCGAAAACUCCCACUCGACAGUGUCGGCAGACAGUUCUUCAUCAAGAGUAAAGUUCUCGGUGUCUACGACAAGGGAAAGCCAGGUACUGUCGUUGAAACAGAGUUAUUGCUUGUUGAGAAGGUUGGAAGUAAAGAAGUCAUCUUUACCAGAGCCGUCGGUAGUGGAUUUUACGUUGGACAGGGAGGAUGGGGCGGUCCUAAAGGUCCAAAAGCUGUCAACUUCCCACCUCCAGAGGGCCGCACACCAGAUGCCACCUAUGUCCACCCAACAAAUGCAGAAUCCGCCCUCCUUUACAGACUAAACGGAGACUACAAUCCUCUCCACGCAACCCCAGAACCAGGUGCCAAGAUGGGAUUCGGAGGAGCAAUCAUGCAUGGUCUAUUUUCAUGGAACACAACUGCCCACGGUGUCCUCCAAACAUUCGGCGGGAGCGAUCCAGCAAACAUUAAGGAAUUCCAAGCUAGAUUUGCCAGCCCUGUUAAGCCUGGUGAUACAUUGGUAACCGAUAUGUGGAAGAUUGGAAGACCUGAUGGGACUCCCGAGGGAUGGGAAGAAAUUAGAUUUAUUACUAAAGUUCAAGGCGGUAAGGUUUGCUUGACCAAUGGAAGGGCUUUGGUUAAGAUCACUGCUCCGAAGAGCAAGUUGUAA